UUUACAUAUCCAGCUCCCAUCAUAUAUUUGCGUCGAGCGUAAACUGGUAUACCCGGUGACUAAUCAUCAAGAGAAACUUCCAGCACAGUUCUACACCGCAACUUUACAUGCAUGAUCGAAGCACCCCUCGUAUUUCACCAUAAAGCCUCAAUUUUGUUUAGACUUGGACCUUCGGGUACGUAUCUAAUUUUAUUAUCGUUAAUAUACAGUCCAGCUGCUCUGCAAAUGGACGUACAAGACCUCAGCAUGAAGGACUUCGACCCACUGGCCGUGUAGCUCUUUCUCACCUGUUUUUGUAAUGUACAUGG